AUGUCAGAAAAAUUGACUAAAAAACAAUUGAAAGCAAAACAAUUCCGUACCCCCAAGACUGAAAAAGACUUGGCAAAGGAACAAGCCGCCAACGCACCUGCUGCUGCUCCUGUGAAAAAGAGAAAGACUAGAAGAGGCAGAAAGGGUAAACCCCGUAGCACCUCUUCAAACAGAUUCAUCAUCUUUGUCGGCUCCCUCCCUCCAAACAUCACCCAAUCAGAAUUACAAGCUCAUUUCAAAUCAAGUUCCCCAGAUGUCAUAAGAAUCAGAGCCGACAAAAAUAUCGCAUUCCUGGAGUUCGAUCCUGAAAAAGAUGACUCCAAUAUCCAACACAGAAUGGAUAUUGCUCUGUUACAACAUCGUACCGUCAUCAGAGAGAAAAAGAUUAACGUAGAAUUGACCGUGGGUGGCGGUGGUAACAGUAAAGACAGAUUGGAAAAAUUACAGAAAAAAAAUACAAAGAUGGAUGCACAACGUGCAAAGAGAUUGGAAAAGAUAAAGACAUCUUCAUCGAAAUUAUCUGCAACCACAGAAUCUUCCUCAUCCUCCUCAACCACUUCUGCAUCAACUACUACCACAGCAGGCGCACCCCCCUCGGUUCACCCUGAUAGAGCUAAAUUUUUGAAAUAG